GACCAACUUACGCUACGGGGUUUAGGUGGAAAAAGUUUGUUGUUUUGAUUUGUUUUGAUUUGUUUUUUGUGAAAUUUUGCUCUGAAAGUCAUGGAGAAAAAGUACAAAAUUGUAGGAAAAUUGGAAACACAACAUAAUAGUCUUACGGUGUCUGUGAAAAAGCCACAAAUGCAAAUAAAAAUUGCUAAUUUGGAGAAAAGUAAAGAUUUGGACAAAAAUAAGAAAAUCUCAAAUAAUUCACCCAAGAAACAAACCGCAUCACAGAGCACUUCAGCAAAGCAAGCCGCAACGAUGAAAGAAUUCAAGUGUCUCGUGUGUAACAUAGUUUUCAUGAACCGAAACCUCUUGUUGAAGCACCUGAAUAUCUCACAUGGUGUUCCCCUGCUAAAAUGCGAUUUAUGUAGUGAUCAAUUUGCUGACUUGGUGUACCUGAAACGCCACAAAAUGAAUGUACAUAGGAAUGAAAAGAGACAACCACAAAAACUUAUCACAACUAAGCGACAUGAGCAAAUUGAUGAAGAAUUAAGUGAUGAUAAUGAAGAUGUUGAAGACAUCACGUCAGAUACUUCAAACUUACAAGAUCAAAGCCCUGGUAAGGAAAGUAACAACAAAAUUCUGAGUGAUCGUUCAAAGUCACGUGAAUUCCUAAAGAAAGAAUCAUCUGAUCAAGAAGAUCAGUUUGAGGUACUUGAAGAAACAAAUGAGUACGAAAAUGAUGAAACAAACCAAAAUGAUUCAUGGUGGGAUGCUCACUACAGAGAGUCAUCUGAAGAAGACACAAAGGUUUUAGAAACGCAGAAAAAGUCUAGGCCAGUGACCAAAGUCUUGAAGCGCAAGAACGAAUCAACAGGUAGACUACAAAUGUUUGGAAGGAAGAGAGGUCGACCUACGGAGGCUAUGUUGGCGGAAUGGAAACGAAAGCGAACUGAAUACAUAGAAGCUGACGUCAAAAAAGUUGUGAACGUUGACAGAAAGCCGAAUCAUUCCUUGGAUCAAGGAACAGAAACCUCAGAAAAAAAACGCAAAAAGCGCGUUAGCAAGAAGGAGCCGAAGGAACCCAAAGAAUAUUCGGGAAUGUGCCAGAUAUGUGGGGAAAUCAAAGUAUGUCUUGCAGCACAUAUACGGAAAGUCCAUGCGGAAUCAAGCACUUGCCCCCAUUGCUGUCGUAAAAUCAUAGCCAAUGAUUCUAAACCUCAUGAAUGCACCAAAAAGCGUCUUUCGUAUAAAUGCAUCUGUGGUGAAGAAUUUGUGAUCAAGGAGCAAAUGCAGGGGCAUUUGUUGGAUAAAAAUUCAACAGAACACGGAGUACAGUGUUGGCAUUGUGAGGCUUCAUUCGACGAUAUACAGUUGUACCUGGAUCAUCAAGAAGAAGCGCAUCCGGCACCAUUCAUAUGUGAUAUCUGUCACAAAGGAUUCUACAAGAAACCUCAUCUACAGAUGCACGUGUACUAUAUACAUCUAAUAGAGCGAGAAAUUAAAAAGUGCAACGUAUGUGGAGCCGAUUGUGCAGGUGAGAGAAGUCUAAAGAGGCACAUAUCACGUGUUCAUCGAAAUACAGGCAGAAUAGCAUGUGAGAUUUGCAACCUGAGCUGCUACGACAGACACACCCUCAAGCGACAUAUGGAUAAUAAACACAGUGCUAAUAAGAAGUUCAUCUGCGACGUGUGCAAGAAGGAUUUUGCCACAGCCGAUGCCCUCAAGUACCAUUUUACAAUUCACACAGGAGAACGACCGUAUCCUUGUCCCUUUUGUCCAAAGUCAUUUAAAGUUAAUUCUGAGCUGAGGAAGCACUACAGGGCACACAAGGAUCUCACAGUAAAGUGUCCCUCAUGCAAUAUCUACUGCCUCAAUGAAGAAGACCUCAGGAAGCACAUACGGCGUUUUCCGGCACAUGAUGUUGCGAACAAAACUUAUGUAGUGGAAGAAAUUGAGUGAAAGGAAACUUUGUUUUAAAUAAAUAAUUUAAAACUUA